AUGAUGGCGCUGGAUGACAUGGUUGCUCCGUUUAGGGAGGAAUUCACCGACCGUAGCUGCAGGGAUGAGAGAAAUCGACACCGUUUUUUCUUCUUGAAUGGUAUUCUCUGCCGUACGGAGAACUCGGACGGUUCGUUUCGCCCCGCCGAUGUUUUUGUCGGGCGUGACCCUCCUCCACGAGGAACGGCGAUGCUCGGCGAGGCAUCGCGAAUAUUUGACGAUUCGGCUGUCGCCCCUUCUUUUGCUGAUGUGGAUAGAGAUUGUUCCAUUUUUAAUACCUUUGGAGUUUUUUCAGGUGGUGUUCUUAUUGAUCCCAACACUCGGUGCUUCGUAGACUUUGUGGACGACAUUGUGGUGACACCAACUCUUUGUAAAGAGGAGGCCAAUGGUAACGUACCCCACUACAAGUCUCUUGAGUAUGCCAAAAUUCGAGGAGAAGGUGUCAUGUGUUUAUGCUCCUCGAUUGAGCCACUGAACGUGGCGGGGAAAAGGGACACACCUCUCUCCUGGCCACGUUCGAUGCGACUUACGGGAUCAGCUGAGGCACGUUUUUUGGCCUUGCGCAAUGUCGACCGCAUUCUGCGACGAUGCCUCACGGAGGUCUCGGCAAAUCGAAAAAUGUUCAGACUUGUAGAGGGCUAUCGCUGCCACAUUAAGAGUAAACGUCCUCCGCAGAGUUUUAUGACACAAAAUAUUCCAUUUAUCUUCCAAUAUGGUGGCAGGCCAUUUCUUCUUCAGGAUGACAGUGACGAGAAGGAGGAAAACCGCUCUUUUCCCACCCCAGGACCCCUCUUCUCGGAGUUCCACGCGUUUACAGGCCUUCCCAAAAUGGUGCGCAUGAAAACUGGAGAAGUUGACACGUAUAAUCAUGGAGUUGAGUUUGGCUUACGUUUAGAAAAGCGACUGCAGUCAAUGUUGAAGCCGCUUCGCAAAAAUCUCUUCAUUGGAAGGCGAGUAUUGCGUGAUAAGUCAAUGACAAGGAUGAGAAAGUAUUGGUACACUUUCUGGCGUUACUUUAAAAUUUUCCGUGUUUACCCCGCCCCCUCGCCCAAUGCAGACGGUCGCAGCGAGUGGCACCUUGCCGAUGAUCGACACGUCAAUUACGAGAAGGCCGUGUUGGAGUUUGAGGAGGCGAGAAGAAAGUAUGGAAAUUCAGAGUGGGACCGCACCGCCGUUGUUGACGCCUGGGACUGGCUGAUCGUGCACGAACGCCAUUCUUUCCUUCGACGUCUUGCAAAGGUGGAAAGAUGCUUGGAUAAAAUUCAGCUGUAA